CCGGCCCGGCCCCGCCCGCCGCCUCCUUCCGGAACCCGCGAGCCCAACUUCGCGCCAAGUUCGGCUCGGCAUCUGCGGGAGCCAUGCCGAUGAUGACCAGGAACGUCCUUCUGGACCUGGAGCAGGAGGAGGAGGACGAAGACGACGGCGAAAUCGGUGAUGCGUCUGCCUCCAGGCGGCCCUUUCUGGCCCCUCACAGCCUCCUCCCAUCCAGUCUGGUGCUGGAGACCUUUGAGCAGAGCGUCAGCUCCAGCUUCGGAUCCCCGGACAGCCUGCAGGAUUUCCGGUCCCCGGCCUUUGAGGAAUUCAAUGGAAAACCCGACUCCCUGUUUUUCAACGAUGGCCAGAGAAGGAUCGACUUUGUUCUUGUGUAUGAAGAUGAAACCAAAAAAGAGCCCAAUAAGAAGGGCACAAAUGAGAAACAAAUGAAAAAAAGGCAAAGGUACGAGUCGAACCUCAUGUGCUGCGGCCUGGAGCUGGAAGCGACACGCUCGGUGCUGGACGACAAGCUGGUGUUUGUGAAGGUGCACGCGCCGUGGGACGUGCUGUGCACCUACGCGGAAAUCAUGCACAUCAAGCUGCCGCUCAAGCCCAACGACCUGAAGUCCCGGUCCUCGGCCUUCGGCACCCUGGGCUGGUUCACCAAGGCCCUGCAGGUGGAUGAGAGCAUCAUCAAGCCGGAGCAGGAGUUCUUCACGGCCCCGUUCGAGAAGAGCCGGAUGAAGGACUUCUACAUCGUGGACAAGGAUGCCUUCUUCAACCCGGCCACCAGGAGUCGCAUCGUGCACUUCAUCCUCUCGCGCGUCGAGUAUCAGUCGGUGAGCGUGAAAAAGUUUGGGAUUAACAGACUCGUGAGCUCAGGCAUCUACAAGGCGGCCUUCCCCCUCCAUGACUGCAGGUUCCGCUACCGCUCAGAGGACCCCAGCUGCCCCAACGAGCGGUAUCUGCUGUACCGGGAAUGGGCGCACCCCCGGAGCAUAUACAAGAAGCAGCCACUGGACCUCAUCAGGAAGUACUACGGAGAGAAGAUCGGGAUCUACUUCGCCUGGCUGGGCUACUACACUCAGAUGCUGCUGCUGGCCGCCGUGGUGGGCGUGGCCUGCUUCCUGUACGGCUACCUGAACCAGGAGAACUGCACGUGGAGCAAGGAAGUGUGUAACCCCGACAUCGGAGGCCAGAUCGUCAUGUGUCCACAGUGUGACAGACUCUGUCCCUUCUGGAAGCUCAACAUCACCUGUGAGUCCUCGAAGAAACUCUGUAUCUUUGACAGUUUCGGGACCCUGAUCUUCGCAGUGUUCAUGGGAGUAUGGGUCACCCUGUUCCUGGAGUUCUGGAAGCGGCGCCAGGCCGAACUGGAGUACGAAUGGGACACGGUGGAGCUGCAGCAGGAGGAGCAGCCGCGGCCCGAGUAUGAAGCACAGUGCACCCACGUGGUGAUUAACGAGAUCACACAGGAGGAAGAGCGCAUCCCUUUCACUGCCUGGGGGAAGUGUAUCCGCAUCACGCUCUGUGCCAGCGCCGUCUUUUUCUGGAUCCUGCUGAUCAUUGCCUCGGUGAUUGGGAUCAUCGUGUACCGGCUGUCGGUGUUCAUCGUCUUCUCUGCCCAGCUGCCCAAGACCCUCAAUGGGACAGAGGCCAUCCAGAAGUACCUGACCCCGCAGACGGCCACGUCCAUCACCGCCUCCAUCAUCAGCUUCAUCAUCAUCAUGAUCCUGAAUACCAUCUAUGAGAAGGUGGCCAUCAUGAUCACCAACUUCGAGCUGCCCAGGACGCAGACUGACUAUGAGAACAGCCUCACCAUGAAGAUGUUCCUGUUCCAGUUCGUGAAUUACUACUCCUCUUGCUUCUACAUCGCCUUCUUCAAGGGCAAAUUCGUGGGCUAUCCCGGGGACCCUGUCUACUGGCUGGGAAAGUACAGGAAUGAGGAGUGUGACCCCGGCGGCUGCCUCCUGGAACUCACCACCCAGUUGACGAUCAUCAUGGGCGGGAAAGCCAUCUGGAAUAACAUCCAGGAGGUGCUACUCCCGUGGAUCAUGAACCUUAUCGGCCGGUAUCACUCGGUCUCGGGACCGGACAACCUGACCCCGCGCUGGGAGCAGGACUACCACCUGCAGGCCAUGAGCACGCUGGGGCUCUUCUACGAGUACCUUGAAAUGAUUAUUCAGUUUGGCUUCGUCACCUUAUUUGUGGCCUCUUUCCCACUGGCCCCCCUGCUGGCCCUGGUGAACAACAUCCUGGAGAUCAGAGUGGACGCGUGGAAGCUGACCACCCAGUACAGGCGCCUAGUGCCAGAGAAAACCCGGGACAUUGGCGCAUGGCAGCCCAUCAUGCAAGGAAUAGCCAUUCUGGCCGUGGUGACCAACGCCAUGAUCAUCGCUUUCACGUCGGACAUGAUUCCCCGCCUGGUGUAUUACUGGUCGUUCUCCGUCCCGCCGUAUGGGAACCACACCGACUACACCAUGGAGGGUUACAUCAACAACACCCUGUCCUACUUCAACAUCGCUGACUUCAAAAACAGAAGCAAGGGAAACCCGUACACGGGGCUCGGGAACUACACCACGUGCAGGUAUCGUGACUUCCGGUACCCGCCCGGGCAUCCCCAGGAGUACAAACACAACAUCUACUACUGGCACGUGAUCGCAGCCAAGCUGGCCUUCGUCAUCGUCAUGGAGCACAUCAUCUACUCGGUCAAGUUCUUCAUUUCCUACGCAAUCCCAGACGUGUCCAAAACCACCAAGAGCAAGAUCAAGAGGGAGAAGUACCUGACCCAGAAGCUGCUGCACGAGAGCCACCUGCAGGACAUGACCAGGUCCAUGGGGGCCAUCGCAGAGAAGGUGGUGGAAGCUGUGGAUCCCAGCCGACACCCCAAGGUGGAGUGAGAACCCCGCAACCCUAGAGGGACUUUGAGAAAUCAGUUCUGUCAGAAUAGACAGCCAAUCACCCAUGACAAUGUCAAGUGCAAUCACCCCGCCAUCUCCACACGUGUCUUCCGCCAGCCAGGCAGCAGCCACAAGGGACAGAAAGCUGCCCACCUGGAGAGCCCAGUGUCCCCUGCGCGGGCAUCUUGGGAUUCUGGCGACCCUUUCUCCUGUCCCCCAUCCAUCCCCCUGGGCUCUCCAGCUGCGAGCGCCUUCGCCUCCAGGUGCUUCUCAUUCUCCACCCGUUCCGGUGUCACCUGCCACUGCGUCAUUGUCAGGGACCCAACCUACUCCCUGUGAUCGCCAAGAGCCAGCACAGCACUCGGGGUGUGCACCCUGCUGUGUGGCUGGUGGGAGGACAUGGGGACCCCACGCCUCAUUUUUGUCCAUUGCGAGGCAAGCAGGCACCCCUGUGAGCUGGCUUGAAGCUUCCCUGUGCCAACAGCAGCACCACCUCUGCCUGCCGGCAUGUUAGGUGCAGGCUCCCCCAGCGCUGUCGCACGGGAGGAACAUGACGGAAGUUGGCCGAGGAACAGCCUCACAGGAUAUGGCUCAGGCCAGCCUGGAUCAUCAGUGGACUUCCUCCCAAGGCAGAGAAAAUCUGCAUUAGUGACACUCUCAUUUUCAUCAUCAUCACAGCUUGGGAAACACAUGCCCAUCUCCAGAUCCCCACCACGGGCCUUACUUGAGCACCACCCUUUUGACACCAACCUUGACUUAGCAGCCUGAGGAGGGGCACCGCCUUGCACAACCCAGUCUCUGCUUCCCCGACCUCUGGGCUGACAUGCACCAUGCCAGCACAGCACAGACAGCCUGGAUCUCCACAGUGCCUGCUGCCUCCAGUUGGAGAAGGGCUGGGCCACCCUCCCAGCAUGGCCCAUGCUGUCUGGGAGGGCUGGGUCCCUACUGGCUCUCCCAGAGUGGGGUGGGGUCUGCACCAUGACGGUGCUUAGCAGGAUCCUCCUGUAGGCCAUGGCUCUGGCCCUGGUGUCCAAGGAAUCCUCCCGCCCGAUGCGCACGCUGGAAUAGGUGGGGAGGAGGGUGAGUGAAGUGUCCAUCGGAGGCUCCAUGCGACCGGACAGCCAAGUCCCCAUCGGUUUUCUGGGUGUUGGGAUCAUCCUCAGCCCCUACUGAUCCCAACAGUGAGAUGGUCACGGGAUCGAGGCCAGCCAUGCGGGUGCACCUGCACAAGCUCCAGCCCCUGUUCCUCGAGCAAGGUGCCUCCCCUCUCGCUACCUCUCUGCUUGGAAUCCCAGGGUUCUGCCUGCUAAGCUCAACCUGGGCAAGCAAAGGCUCUUACCUCCCCUCUGGGCUGCCGCAGUAGUGCAGCUGUGGGAGGGAGGGAACGCCCCCCACGGCUUAGCAAACUGCCUAGAAGCUGAGCAGAGCCCCACACCUCCCGGCUUCCAGAACUGGGAGGGUAGGGCAUGUGGAGCCCAGCUUUGCACCUGCCCGGGGAAGCCUUGGGCACUGUCACCGUCCAGCCUGAGUGGCCCUGUAACCUUAGACCAGGUUCCCCAGGGGUUUUCAAAGAAACCUCCCUGUUGUUUUGUCUUCUAAAUAAAACCAUCGUGUAAGACGUCUGUCACAGGAAUCUUCCUGUCCUGAGUCACAGGGACCUCUAACGGUCAGAGCGUGGCAGGGGAGUCAGGCUGAGCUGUGCCCGGAACCCUGCUCUCACAUCGUUGGCUUGUGUCCCUGCGGUAACAUGUGCAGGGAUCCCAAAUCUAUGCAGGUCGGAAACUCCCUGACGCUUUUCACACACUGUGGCAUAAGGCAAGUCUGUAAUUAAUGUUGGUUAAUUUCUGUGCAUUAUAAUGUUCUUUUAUAAUUAUAAGCAUUGUAAUAAAUUUUGUUCUUACAAACA